AAACUGUACACGCUAACUUGACUAUCAAUUCAUCUGCAUCACAAAAAAAGCAUGCCACCUAAACGCCCAAGGAACUUGCGCACUUCUACAAAAAGCCUAGCUGACUGGGAUGAGACUCCAGAGACAACACCAGCGGCAGAAACAGAUACCGAUUCAACGACCAAAAAGGUGGAGCUCGCAGACCUUCUUGAAUACCAAAAGUUCCGCCGGCAGAUAAAACGCGGAAUCGACAUAGAAACGCUCUCCAAAGGCACACGUCACAAGAGCCAGCCACAGGAGCCUUCAUUUCAAGAUGUCACCACCGCAGCCACGGGGCGAUCUCUGAGCGGCGCCUUCACACUACAGACGAACAAGCUGGACGCCAACACGCAUAUGAUGGCAUUUAUCGAGAAGGAGAUGAAAAGACACCGAGGGACGGAUGACCCCGAAGCAGACGAGGCGGCAGUGGAGGCGGAUGACAUUUACAGGUUGCCCGAGCAUUUGCAGGCUGUUAACCAAAAGCCCGUGGCCGAGGGCAAUGUCGCCAUGGCCGCCAAGAUGCUGACAUCCAUUCAGGAGGUUGAUUUAGGAAGGGAUUCAAAAAUCAGAAAUAUUAUAGAGACCGAUCGUGUUGUCUCGCAGAUAUCAAAGAAGGACGAAGGGCAUAGGGGCUCGCGCAGGGUCGCUGGGAGUAAGGAUUUGGAUGCCAAUCCUCGCGGUGGCAGCAGACUUAAGGACGCGGAGGCCGAGAUGACGGGCCACGGGCAUGGCGCUGGUCGGUACAAGAGAAUGCACGAUUCAUCAGAGCGCUCGUCAAAAGCGACAGACGACAUUGUGCUGCAGCGGUUCAAAAAGCGCAUGCGCCGGUGAAAUGAGAAAUACGACAAAAGGUCAGCCGUGUGCAAUUGCGUGUUGAAUUGCCAACACCAAUGAACAA